CCUCUCUCUCUCUCUCUCUCUGCUUUCCUUCUAUAACUACAAUUUACAAAUCUACAAUUAUAAAAACCUUCUCACACUCUGUGACAGACGGAACGCACGCAGGCAGCGUCGGCUUUUGAGGGCCCGUUGGCUGGUUAUUAUUAAAACUUAACCUAGCGGCAAACCCCUCGCCUCUUCAAAAGCCAUUCUCUUUAUAUUCUUCUUCUCCUUGUUUGCGAUCUUGAGGGCUUUUGAAAUGGCUGAGAGUUUAGACGAUGGCGAGUUUUGGCUUCUUCCUAAGUUUCUUACUGAGGACGACGUUCUCACCGACAUGAGUAGCAAUCCCAACAACAAGAAAGACGCGUUUGAUUCUGAGGCUGAGGCUACUAACAAGGCUUUGUUUCCGUUUGAGUUUUCCUAUGGUUUUGGUUCUUUUGGACACUCUUCCUCGGAUCUCAGUUCUCCUGUUGAGUCGGUGAUGAGUUCGACCGAGGCCGAGAGUGACGAAGAAGAUUUCAUGGCUGGAUUGACUCGCCAAAUGGCUCACUCUACUCUUGAGGAGGAAGAUUUCGCAAGAAGCCACAAAACUAAGGGUGGGUUUGUGACUGGCUCGCCUCAGUCCACGCUGUGCACGGUUAGGAGUGGGUGCAGCCGGACGCAAGGCUCGAGCCGUGGAAGUCCAAACUGUCAGUCGCAGGUUUCUUCGCCGCCGGGUACUUGGGAUCUGCUGUACGCGGCUGCGGGGAAAGUUGAAAGAAUCAGAAUGAAUCAAGAAUCAUACGGUGGCUAUAACCACAACAGCGGACUUUUGGGUCCAGCCAGAAAACCGUCUCCUGUGUCUGUCCCUCCUAAGAACCACAACGCAAACCCUGUUGAUUUUGGCUUGUACAACUCUCAAUACCAACAUCACCACCAGAACCAGCAGUCGCUUUCCCAGCAGAAGCUUCAAGCCUCUCAAUUGCACCAUCUGAAGCAUCAACAAAGGUUGAAGCAGCAACAAGGUUCGUCAGUUUGGGGAGGAUCACAGUCACGGGAUAAGGCAACUACUGGGUUCUAUCAAGUGGGCCUUAACCGAGUCAAUAGUACAAACUCUCCUCGUCCACUUGGUUUGUCGCCAUCUGCAUGGCCGCCUCUGCAGCUGGGACAGCAGCCGCAAAAGCAAAACGGGUCGGGUAUGCGGGCUAUGUUUCUGGGUGCCCCAAAUGGUAAGAGAGAAUGCACUGGAACCGGUGUUUUUUUGCCGCGUCGUGUCAACACGCCUACUGAGACCCGCAAGAAGCCAGCUUGUUCUACGGUGUUGCUUCCCGCUAAAGUGGUUCAGGCCUUAAAUCUUAACUUCGACGAGUUGGGUUCGCCGUUUCAGCCUCGUUUCGGGAGUUAUGCACCAGACACUGGUGCUACUGUGAGGUAUCGAAAUGGUUAUCAAAAGCGCAUUCUCAGGCAGCAGCAAGGAGCAAAUCAUGAGAUCCGGUUGCCUCAGGAGUGGACUUAUUGAUCGUGUUUGUGUUGUUCCUCGCGGAGCUUCGUAGGAAGGGGAAAGAAAUUUCUGGGUUAGAAAAUAAAGGGAGUUUGAUAGUUUGCUAUAGGAAAAGUAGUAGAAUAUAGAAUACAGUCUUAAGGAGGGAGAAACAGUUCAAAAAAUGAAAAUGUUGAAGAAGAAGAAGCGGCAGCAGAUAUGCAAUGGUUUUUUGGGAUAGAAUUAGGGAAAAAUAAAACUUUGUACUGGUUAGAGAUGGCAGCUUUUGUUGGGCUCAAGGCAAAAAAAACCAAGUGUUGGAUGUGGUUGGAAUUUUCUGUUAUGUAAUUUGUAACCUGGGGCAACAGUGGAUGUUUUGGGGAGGCCGAAAAAGAAAAAUAGUACUAUCAGUUAAUAGAGAAUAGUACAUUGCUUGGAUGCAAUGUGCUAUUUUUGGCAGGGAUGUUAUACUAUUGCCAAGCAUUAUUAUUGUCAGUAUCUUCAUACAAUACUGUGUGUUUACUAUUCCCCCCUUUCAUCUUGUCCACUCACCUCCAUGGCCAUCGAUUAAUUAUAAUAAAAUAUAAUUCAUUUGCCUGUUA